CACUCGCCGUAGUGGAGAACACUGUAGGCGAAGGUGGGCGCCCGACAUGAUAGCUACCUAGGUUAGGUUGGGUGCAGAUAUCGCUUGCACUUCGUAUUUUGUACAUACACCUACAGUACUCGCUGCGAGUAUGUACUUCGUACUUGGUACAAAGUGUAAUGGCCCAAAUUGCAGCAUGGGGCUUUUCCACUUCCACUUCCCUCUGAGCACUGACACUGGAUGCUCCGCAGAUGGGUCCGCAGCAGACGUUUCUUGCGUUUCCUUAUGUGGACCUGGGGACCCAGUGUUCUGAGGUCGUGCUUGCCCCGUGCUACCGUUGUGGACCAGGAGCCGUAGCCGCUGCGAAUUGGAAAGCCGUUUGGCUCCACCUACUUCUUAGUUCGAAGCUUUAAUCUUUAGGAAGGUUUCUGGCGCGUUCUGGCUCCUGGCUUCUGGCUAAAACUCUCGUUUUUCGUUCAAGGUCGGGUACACCAAAACUCAACGGUUCGGCUCUCAUAGCCUUUCUCUUUUUCAUUUGCGCUACAAUUCCGUCCUAUCCACAUCCACUUCUACCACCACCGUCACCUCCACCAAACGACACAGCCAUCCCAACAGGAAGAUCAUCGUUCUGAGCACCGCGAAGGCAAUCAUUGGUGGCUGUCUUCUCGAGAAAGCAACCCUCUCACUUCGACAGCAGCAUCACUAACAAACAACCUUCGCAUCCCUCUGCCCGAGUUUUCUACCUCCAAUAUCGCUUUCGAGCCCCGCCAAAACGAAGGUCCACCGAUCAGAACCGGUCAAAAGACUGCGCCUGCGGGCAAUGCGCUAACAAACUAAGGAGUGGAAGCUUCAGCCAUUGAUUAUCGGCAGACGAUAAAUCUCGAAGCUUCAACGAGCUACAGUGAUUUUUCUUCUCCAUACAGUAACCAAAUUCUUCGCCGUCGUGGUCGCAAGGCCUAAUUGGGAGUUGAAUCACUAUUUCAAUGAGUGCGAUGUCAAGUCAAGCGCCUCACAACUACCAAGCGCUCAAUGCCCCAGACUUCCGGUCGUUGGGAGAUUCCAUCGCAGUAGCACCGCUGCAAACGGAUUCUCUCGAGCUUGAUUUCAUGAUGGAUAAUGGAAACCAAUCGCAGAAUACCUCGGUAGUCCAUAAAACCCCACCACAGCUCGAGGGCAUCAGCGGUCCACCGUUCACAGAUUUCUCUUAUAACUACCCGAAUAUGGCAGAAAACGGUUUGCAUAUCGACACGCAAUUGGACCAUGCUUCUGAUCCGUAUAGUCUUUCAGCCACUGUCUCUGAUCAUCAAAAUUCAAUAAGCUCUAUCGGCCCCGACCAUCGCACCUCGACUACGGUUCCUGCUGUGCCCCGUAAAGGCUUCGCGAGCGGCGCAGUAGGACAGGGAAACAGAAGCACAAGUGGAUCGGACGGAGCGAGUCCAUCGAGUAAUCGUGCUGGUGGAGGUUUGGAUAAACAAUAUGGGGAUGAUUUUGGGCUCAACAAUGGAGGGGCAGUGGAUGGUAGCGAUAUGGGAAGCAGGUCCAAAGAGGACAAGAAUGACCCAAAUCCACCCUGGAGCGAAUUGAAAACCAAAGCCGGAAAAGAACGAAAAAGAUUGCCGUUGGCCUGCAUAGCCUGCAGGAGGAAGAAAAUCCGAUGCUCGGGCGAGAAACCUGCAUGCAAACAUUGCUUGCGGUCGCGAAUAGUAUGCGUGUAUAAAGUCACUGCCCGGAAGGCUGCGCCUAGAACUGAUUAUAUGGCAAUGCUCGACAAGAGAUUAAAGAGAAUGGAAGAGCGGAUCAUCAAGAUUGUACCGAAAGAAGAACAAGACGCUUCUGCGAUGUCAGUCACAAGAGCUGCUGUGAAACCCGCCAUUCCUGGGACAAUUCCGGCUCGAGGCUCGUCAAAAAAGCGCGCUGCGGAUGAUGCGUUCGGUCCAGAACUGGAAAACUGGUCGAAGACUACGACUGCACAGCUGGAAACCCGACCAACUUCGCUUAUGAUUCAGGAGGCGGAGGAAAGCAAGCUCCUCUCAGAAGGCGCCGAAGCUUUGCCAUCUAAAGAAAUCCAAGAACAUUUGGCAGAAGUAUUUUUCGAGAACAUUUAUGGCCAAGCAUAUCAUCUGCUUCACAAGCCAAGCUUUAUGAGGAAACUAAAGUACAUAACAUAUCCUAUGAUUAAGUCUGACAAGUACUGACGAUGAGAAUAGAAAUGGCACGGUUCCUCCUGUCCUCACACUCGCUGUUUGUGCAAUUUCCGCACGAUUCUCGACACACCCAAAACUUAAUGGGUCACCAAACUUUUUAAGGGGUGAAGAAUGGGCAUCCGAAGCUCGCGAUAUCGUCAUGAGACGCUACGAGUGGCCAAACAUAACGAUAUUAACCUGCUUGCUGAUCCUUGGUUUACAUGAAUUUGGGACCUGUCAAGGCGGAAGGAGUUGGUCUCUAGGUGGAAUGGCCAUCCGGAUGGCUUAUGCACUUCAGUUACAUCGGGAUCUCGAUUACGAUCCUCUCAAACGCAAUGGUACCGCAGAGCUAAGUUUCAUCGAUCGAGAAAUAAGACGAAGAGUAAUGUGGGCCUGUUUUCUCAUGGACAGAUUCAACUCGUCUGGCACUGACAGACCAAGUUUCAUCAAAGAAGACACAAUCAAAGUUCAGCUGCCAAUCAAGGAGAAACUCUUUCAACUGGAUAUGCCAGGACCAACGGAAGAUCUACGUGGAAACGUGCCACAUCCUGUCUCACCAGGCUCAGGCCAGCUAUCAGAUGCGAGAGAAAAUAUGGGUGUAGCAGCUUACAUGACCCGCUCGAUUGCAUUAUGGGGUCGAAUCAUCAAUUAUCUAAACUUGGGUGGCAAUGAACAAGAUCCACAUCCCAUGUGGCACCCUGAAUCCAUUUACACCGAUUUAAUCAGGCAAACGGAAGAGUUCGCUCCCGCACUUCCCGAAUGUCUGAUGUACACAGCAGAGAACUUGCAUACGCACGAAACCGAGGGAUUGGCUAGUCAAUACUUGUUCCUCCACAUAUCUUUACAGCAAUGUAUACUCUUUAUGAAUCGAUUCGCCGUUCCCGGUCAUUCUGGAGCUCGACCACCUAAUGACGUUCCCAAGGAGUUCGUUACGAAAGCUGGAUCAAAAGCCUUCGAGGCUGCGAAUAGAAUCUCGGAAAUUUUACGAGACGCUGAAUCAUAUUUUGUCACGGCUCCUUUCGCAGGAUACUGUGCGUUCUUGUCAAGUACGGUUCACAUCUUCGGGGUUUUCUCCAAGAAUUCAACCAUGGAGGCAACGUCCAAGAAGAACCUAGCCACGAACGUAAAGUAUCUCUCAAAGAUGAAGAAAUACUGGGGUAUGUUUCAUUUCGUGUCCGAAAAUUUAAAGGAACAGUUCAAGAUGUGUGCGGACGCAGCACAUGGCACUGCAAACAGUAAUACAGCGCAAUCAUCCAAUAUUUUUCAGUAUGGAGAUUGGUUCGAUCGAUAUCCUCACGGAGUCUCUCGAUCUGAUUUUGAAGAUCCACUCGUCGGCAUCAAGAAAGAAAAGGGUGACGACGCUGUGCUGGAGCAAAAGUCGGACUACCAUACAGUUGAAGAGUUCUUCCACACCCUCUCUCCCCUUCAGCCUCAAGAUCGCGAACAAGCGAAGGUCCCGAAACGGAAAGUCAAAAAGGUACAGACGAGCCGUCCAGAAAGGCCACCAGAACGACAUCCUGACCGACUUAAUACGAACAUCCCAAAUAUGAAUGCCGCUACUUCAAUGCACAUGCAUAACCCACAGAUGGCCCCGGGUUAUAAUCAAAUAAGCCCAACAACUCCAAAUAUGUACAAUCAAUCAUCCCAUUUCGGAUAUGAUGUAAUGUUACCCCCUCACCAACAAGGAAUCCUACCACAAUUAGAUCGCCAACUCGUUUUCGGUGCUUACGCGGGCAUGGACCCUACCUCACUCGGUUCUCAGCAUCUGAUGGGAGGUUCAAAUUGGGACAUGCAGAUGACGGGCAUGACGGGAUUCGUUACUGAGCCAAGUAGCGCGUGGUUUAUGCCUUUCAAUAUGGAGCCGCCUGAGAUAGGACAAGAAGUCGAUCUUUUCAAUGCUGGUCCUCAAUAUGGGAUGGGCGGGAUGCAUAUCAACGGCCAUGGGAAUGGAAAUGGAAAUAUGAGCGGUCAUGGUAGGCAUUGAGCGUUUUGUAGGUUUAUUGUAUCUUAAUUGGGAUCAAGCGAGCUAUGGCGCAUUUGGAGUAUUCUGGAGAACUAGUCGGCCAUGAGCGGGCUGGAUUGGAUGGGGGGUUCCAUGUAUAUAUAUAUACUAUGCGAUUUGGAUGGGGAUAGGCUGUACUUAUGUGGGGAUUAAAGUAUAUUAAUAGUGUGAUCAUCGAGGAUAUGUAUACUCGAGUAUCUAUUUUCCUUUGUAAUUAGAGUUUUAGUUUAUCUUUUUUUAUUUGGUGGGAUACCGGGGUGGGAAUUUAAGCACGAUGUGCAUGUUUGAUA